AUGCAGUUCCGCUACUCCUCUGCUGAGAAAACCAAUUUCGCGUGGGAGACGGCCAUCCCUAUUACCCCCUUCUGGGAAACAUGGACCUACAAAGAGGCCUACCCGGUCCUCAAGGCCAUCACCAUUGAGGAGCUGGAACCUUACGACCUCGACGCAAAGUACAGUACGGCCUCCCAGGAGAAGAAGUAUGCCGUGAUCCUCGAUAUCCUACGAGAGAAGCUGCACCGAGAGGAGACUAAAGGCGCGACGCCUGAUGAAUUCUAUACAACCAAUUACAAGAACUGGGGCCAGGUAUGGCUUGUUAUCGGCUUCAUCAACUCGAAUCUCGGCCGGGUGAACAAGGCCAAGGCCGCGCAGCGGAUUCUGGUCGAGAGACGGCAAGACCCAAUGACAUUGUGCCCCUAA